UCACUAUGAAAAAAUCUUCUAUCCUGAUAAAUCGUAUAUUUGACAUUUCGUCCAAUUCAUUUAUAAAUUUGAUAUUCUGGUGGCUUUAUUGUUAUUUACAAUAGUUGACAAAAUUAGCAAAUUUACUUCAGGUAAUCAAAUGAUUAAUAAACAAAUUUUUCGACGAUAAUUUCUUGAUUCGGUCAAUUCAUAUUGACAGAUCAUUUAUUUGUUUGUUGUUAUUGAAUAAUCGGGACAAUUUUAACACUCAUUUAAUCUAAUUUGGAUUAAUAAUCAACCAUUAUGAUAAAUUACAUUCAAAUUAGAAAUUGAUAUUGAUUGAACAACAAGUAUCUCAUCCAUAGGAAAUAAGACAAUUAAAUUAAACUUUGACAGGCCAGAACUCCGUUCAAAAAAGCGAUUUUAAAACAAGUUAACUUAUAAAUUUUCCUGUGUGAACAAACACUGAAUAUCUCAAAAAUAUUUUUAUCAGCUUUGGCCUUUUGAUUGCCAGAAUUCUGGCUGGCUGAAGUUCAAUUUCGAACUUGGUGUAAAAGCAAACACUAAGAAACGAAAAGUCUAAAUGUGUAGUCCAUUUUUUUGUGCGACUCUUAGUUGACGAGUUAUUCCGAAAACAAAUAUGUUUAAUUAGUUAACUAACACCCUGUAGUUAUAUUGGUUGUUUAUAAACGAAGCAAAUUGUGAUUUAUCAGAUUAAUUAUGCAAAGUUUGCAAUUAAUCACAAGUAUAUCUUGUUUUUACCAUUUCGGAUACUCAAUAAUUACUGUUUCAUCAAAUAAAAAGUCCAUUGAUAACUAAUCAUGAAUUUUCAAAACACUUCAACUCAUCAACUAAUUGUAAGAAAAUAAAUACGAAAAUUGUCAUUUCUCAACAUUUAACUGUUCACUUGAUUUCGUUAAAUAUUAAAUAGUUUCGAUAAUGACGAAGAUCGACUUUAAAUUUAAUUGUUUAUUUUUGAUUAUUUUGUGUAUUAUUCAAGUGACAAAUGCUUAUUACAUAUCAACUGGGCUAAUCGAUGAACCGUCCAUUCCAAAAAGCAAUUACCGAUGCUUUGCUAGAUGUGAUUAUGGUUCAUGCAUUACACGGGAUCAAAAGUGCGAUGGAAUCUCCGACUGUUAUGAUGGAAGUGAUGAGCGUAAUUGUGUAUACAGGCCGAAAGCUAGUGAUGGAUCUUCAGUUUCCUGCGAACAAUAUUUUAAAAUUUGCAACGACCUGACUGAUUGUAAAAAGCUAUCAUUCAAAACGGUUUGUUCGAGAUGUUCUGAAGAUACUUUUUCUUGUAAUAGCAAAAUUUGUAUUCCAAAGAAUUGGAAAUGUGAUAAAAUUGUCGAUUGUCCUAAUGGAGAAGACGAAAAGGACUGUAAACAUAAAAAUUGUACACCAACUGAAUUUCAGUGUGGAAAUGACCGAUGUAUUGACGAAUCCCUUUAUUGUAAUGGAGUUGACGAUUGUGGUGAUCGAUCAGAUGAGAAGAGCUGUUCAAACAAAACUGCUUCCAAUAACUUUAAUUGUCGACGUUUGUAUAUCCCGAGUUCGUGGCAUUGUGAUGGUCUCGUCGAUUGUUACAAUGGUCUUGAUGAGAAAAACUGUCCAACUAUCCUAAACUGUACAGAGAAUCAAUUCAAAUGUGACAAUCGUAAAUGCAUUCAUGUCGAUUCAGUUUGUGAUGGAAUCGCAGAUUGUUGGGACAGAUCAGAUGAAAAUAAUUGUGAUCAAACUAAAUGUUCAUACAAUCAAUUUGAUUGUGGGGAUACUUGUAUUCCUUUACAAUGGAGGUGUGAUUCCCAACCCGAUUGUUCAAAUAGUUCUGAUGAACUAAAUUGCCAUCAUUAUAUGUACAAAUCUCUACGAAAAGAUUCUAGUCUCAAAUGUCCUGAGGGCACUUUUCCAUGCGCCGAUAAAUCAGGUUGCAUAUCAAUAGAUUUACUCUGUGACAAACAUCCUAAUUGUAAAGAUUAUUCCGAUGAGAAAAACUGUCUAGUUGCCAAUUAUAAGACAAGCGGGAAAAAACUUUCUUACGAAAGUUUUUUGGACUUGUUUGCCGGACCCGUGAUUUGUUGAAAUGGGAAUCGUUUUUUAAUCGAAAAAUUCAAAACUAAAUUUUUUUUUCUUUCUCACUACUCUCUUUCUCUUUCUCUCUUUUUCUCUCCUCUCUCUUUCUUUCUAGUCUCUCUCAUCUCUUUCUCUGUCUGUUUUUCUUCCUCUUUCUUUUUGAAAUGCGCGCUGUUUAGAAGCGCAACUGCGCAUGCGUACAAUAAAAUCUUUGAGUCAGAAUUU